AUGAGCAGGCCACCUCAUCAACCCUCGCGCCGUCUCCUCAUCUUCCAGGAGACGCGCAACCCGCAAAACACAGCGGAGAUCGUCUACCUCCCCGUCAACAAACUUGGUUUGCCGGUCUGUGGCGAUGGGCCGGAACUGCCCUCUAUCUUGGAACUGCCGUUGCGGAGCUUGAGGUUUUUUACUGAGCUUUUUAAUCAGCCUAAGUACAAGGGAUGGGCCGUCCACUCGGCUGGUCCUUACCAUGAUACCUCCGAAGAAGGCAAAUUCUACGCCGUGGUGCUGGAACAGAACCAGGUGCAUACAGUGCAGACGGAAGGGGCUAUGGGGUCAUCGAUGGGAUCGGCUUGA